UUCUAUUGGCUAGAAGCACGUCAUGUGGGCGGGCGCAAUGUUGUUCACUGUCGGGGGCGGGGCUCUGUGAUUCGACAGGAAAACGAAAGAAGGCGACCAUCUCUAACAAAACGAUGGCUGCAAUCAGAAAGAAACUAGUGAUAGUUGGUGAUGGAGCCUGUGGCAAAACCUGUCUCCUCAUAGUGUUCAGCAAAGAUCAGUUCCCUGAGGUUUAUGUGCCCACUGUGUUUGAAAACUACGUGGCAGAUAUUGAGGUGGAUGGCAAACAGGUGGAGCUGGCUCUUUGGGACACAGCGGGUCAGGAGGACUACGACCGACUGAGACCUCUCUCCUAUCCAGACACAGAUGUCAUUCUCAUGUGUUUCUCCAUUGACAGCCCUGACAGUUUAGAGAAUAUUCCAGAGAAGUGGACUCCUGAAGUCAAGCACUUCUGUCCCAACGUGCCCAUUAUUCUUGUGGGAAACAAGAAAGACCUGCGAAAUGAUGAGCACACACGCCGAGAGUUGGCUAAGAUGAAACAGGAACCAGUGAAAUCAGAAGAGGGGAGGGAAAUGGCUAACCGGAUCAAUGCCUUUGGUUACUUGGAGUGUUCAGCCAAGACGAAGGAUGGUGUAAGGGAGGUGUUUGAGAUGGCCACCAGGGCAGCGCUGCAGGCCAAAAAACGAGGCAAGAAGAGUGGCUGCCUUCUUCUAUAGAAUGUCAGGUCACAUGAUUGGGAGGGAAAGGGGAAGUAAACAAUGCCAAGAAGAUCCCUCCCUUGUGUCUGCUUUCUUACUAAGGUGGGCACAGUUGAAUGAGGACUUACAGAGGUGAGGGAGAAAAGGCAAACCAGGCCAAAGGUUUAAAAAAAAAAAAAAAAAAAAAAAAAAGGGAGGGUCAAAUGCAGUGGAAAAGGGGAUUGUGUAUAUUUAAGUUCAAGAUUAUAGCUUUUAGCUCUCAAAUAAACAUACUGUAAUCUUGUGUUUAGGAUUCAUUAAAUCUGAAAUAAAGAGAACAUGAAGAGAUUGGAAGGGUUCUAAAUUUUUUUUAAUGGAGUACAAUGAUUCCCUCUGUCCUAAAAAGUAGCUCAGGCUGUGGUUGAGACCAGCUCCAGGAGAGAUCUGUGAGAGUCAGUGCACUGACAUGUAUGCCUACCAACUAACUGUUGGAUGACUUUGAUGGCUUGCAGUGUGAUUGUGUUUGUCUUUCAGUUUUGCCCUGUAAGUUUCUCAUUCUCCUUUAUUUCUAAGGUUACACCAAACUAACCGCUUUUCCUUUUUAUGAACCUGUAAUAUUUGAUCAAAUUUUCAUUGAUUUAAAAAGAGUUUUAUGAUUUGCAUUUGAACAUAAAUACACAGUUGUAAUUAGACCAACUUAUUUGAAUGUUUUAUACAAGCUUAUUAAUUAAUACAACACUUUUGUGAUUGAUUAAAUCAUGUGUACUAUCAAACCCACCCAUUUUAACAUUAAAAGGUUAACAAAACUUAAUUAUCCUCUAGACAGUUACUAUACAUUCUCAAAUAGAGAUGGGGCCUUAAUUUACUUCAACUACAGAGAGGACUGGACCUGUUUAUAAACAGGGUGAUAUUAGAGAAUCCUUUAUUUGUAUUUUAUUAAGAAAUUAUUAUUUGGUGUUAAUGCACUUUCUCCAUGUCUACCAUGUCUACCUGACAAAUUCAGUACAAUGAACAUUUCUACAGCAUUAUUUCCAACACACACAGUUUUGUUCUGUCAGAGUUUCUUCUAUUAUAAAUACUGUUUUCAGUCUUUUUUCCCCCAGAGACUUGAAUUUGAAACGUCUUUUAUUGUAGGGCUUAAAAUUUGAAACAUUUGCAGGAAGUGUUAAGUUACAAUGAUAACAAUGAAACAAAACUGCAAUGUGAGCAGACUGAAAGUAAUUAGUCAAUGAAAACAAUAUUUCUGUUAGGGAACAAAGUAGUGAGAGAGACAUAAUUUUGUUGACUGCUAUUUAAAUGUACACUGUACUGAAUUUCAGCAUGCAAGUAAUUCCACCCCCUCUCAGUUUUUAACCCAGCCAUUAUUUGUUGUCAAGUCUUUUGUUGAAAAUGUCUGGUAUACCUGUAAGCCAGGGUGUUGGAAGCAUGUUUUGUUUCCACUCACUCGUGAUGUCUACAACUAUUCUUUGUCUGCUUUAUAUAUUAUGUAAACUUUGUGAUAUUCUACUGGUUUAUGUCGUAUUAUUUGCACACAGUUAAAAACAAAAAGGUCAGUGUGUUGCGCACACACAAAAAAAUAUGAUGUCAGAUUAUGAAAUACAAAAUGCAAGCAACUCCUUAAGGAUUGACAAUUUGUAAGAGGAAUAUUGUUUUGUAUACAAAUGUAACCUCACAUUUCUCCAGUUGUCUUUUUUAAUAUAUUCUAAAGGAAAUAAAUUGUAACAGAGAAUGAA